AUGUUUCCUAAGCAGGGGGAAAAAAAUUUGUGGUACGAAACUCAGGAAGCUCCGCUAAAUGACGAUAACAGCGAACAGUAUAGUAGCGGAAGCAGCGGUGAGAUUAGCGACGACGGCGAACCCAAGGAAGAGGAAGCACUACGUGGUCAGGGAGGCAUACAGUUAACUUCGCGAAGUCGUGCUCGCAAUUCUCAUCAUCUUUAUCGUGUUAAACGGGACGGAUACCAGAUGAAAAAUGGAGGAGGGACUUUGCGAAAAAGACAUCAUAUUCUCUCAAAAACCGCUGCUUUUUCCCGUUCACAUCCAACUAUAUCAGCACGACAAAAACAGCUGUUUAACUGGGGGAAGCUACCAUGGGCUAAUGAAAAAGAAAGGAAUGGUUUAAGUGCAAAAGUAUCUGGAGAUUUUGGUUAUUGA